AUGGCGGGGUCCAGACGAAGGGGUCCCCAGGCCAGAGUUCGGCCGCUUCUCUGCGCCCUGCUGCUGUCGCUCAGUUGCUUGGUCUGGGGCGACGGCGUGGGAGGCGACCCCUCGGCCCCCGGCGCCGCUGGCACCCAGGGCAUGCUGCCGCAUCGCCGUUUCGAGUACAAAUUCAGCUUCAAGGGGCCGCACCUGGUGCAGAGCAAUGGGACCGUGACCUUCUGGGCCCACGCGGGGAAUGCUAUUCCAAGUUCAGAUCAAAUUCGAAUAGCACCAUCUUUAAAAAGCCAAAGAGGAUCAGUGUGGACAAAGACAAAAGCAGCCUUUGAGAACUGGGAGUUGGAGGCGACAUUUCGAGUGACUGGAAGAGGUCGAAUUGGAGCUGAUGGCCUAGCAAUUUGGUAUACAGAAAAUCAAGGCUUGGAGGGCCCAGUGUUUGGAGCAGCUGACAUGUGGAAUGGUGUUGGAAUAUUUUUUGAUUCUUUUGACAAUGAUGGAAAGAAAAAUAAUCCUACGAUAGUAAUUAUAGGCAACAAUGGACAAAUCCAAUAUGACCAUCAAAAUGACGGUGCUAAUCAAGCUUUAGCGAGUUGCCAGAGGGACUUCCGUAACAAACCCUACCCUGUGCGGGCAAAGAUAGUGUAUUACCAGAAAACACUGAUGGUAAUGAUCAAUAAUGGCUUUACACCAGAUAAAAAUGAUUAUGAAUUUUGUGCCAAAGUGGAGAAUAUGAUCAUCCCCCAACAAGGACAUUUUGGAAUAUCUGCUGCGAGAAGUCUUGCAGAUGACCAUGACGUCCUUUCUUUUCUGACUUUCCAGUUGACAGAGCCUGGAAAAGAGCCACCCACACCAGACAGAGAUAUUUUGGAAAAAGAAAAAGAAAAGUACCAGGAGGAAUUUGAGCACUUCCAGCAAGAAUUGGAUAAAAAGAAAGAGGAAUUCCAGAAGGGCCACCCCGACCUCCAAGGCCAGCCUGCGGAUGAAAUAUUUGAGAGUGUAGGAGAUCGGGAGCUAAGACAAAUCUUUGAAGGACAGAAUCGGAUCCAUCUUGAAAUCAAGCAGCUGAACCGACAGUUAGAUAUGAUUCUUGAUGAGCAGAGACGCUACGUCUCUUCACUGACAGAAGAGAUCUCUAAAAGAGGAACUGGAGUCCCAGGACAGCACGGGCAUAUCACACAGCAAGAAGUGGAUAAUGUUGUGAACACUCAGCAGGAGAUUCUGAGACAAGUAAUCAAAGCUAUAGCUAAUGCAUCUGUUUUUUCUUAA